UCCCUUGCUUGUCUCCCUGUUGUGGGAAUCCCGUGUCCCUGACUCUUAGUAGCUUAGCAGGAUUUGUUGUCCCCUGAUCGACGUGUCCCCGAAAUAUGAAACUCGCAUCCCGGCUUCUGGAGGCCUUGAGUGGGGGUUACAGGGUGGUGAGGGGGCAGUUUGGAUCCUUCUCUUGCACCUCCCCACUUCGUGCACAUCACCCUCCAGUCACCCUGCAGCGGGGUUACUGCACUAGAGAUGCUCGCAAUGUGAAGCCAUUGGAAGGUGUACGAAUCUUGGACUUAACUAGAGUGCUUGCUGGACCCUUUGCUACAAUGAUUUUAGCAGAUCUUGGAGCUGAAGUGAUUAAAGUAGAACGGCCAGGAUCAGGGGAUGAUACAAGAUCAUGGGGCCCUCCUUUUCUAGGAACAGAAAGUGCUUACUUUCUAAGUAUAAACAGAAACAAGAAGAGUAUAGCUGUGAAUAUGAAAGAUGAAAAGGGGAACAAAAUUAUUCAACAGCUUGCAAGAAACUGUGACGUUUUUAUUGAAAAUUACAUUCCUGGCAAGCUGGCUGAGAUGGGAUUGGGUUACAAUGAUAUAAGUGCAAUCGCUCCUCAUAUUGUAUACUGCUCUUUAACAGGAUAUGGACAGACAGGACCUCUCUUCAAGAGAGCUGGCUACGAUGCUGUUGUCUGCGCUAUGUCUGGCCUUAUGCAUAUAACUGGACCUGAGGAUGGGGAUCCUGUUCGUCCAGGUGUUGCAAUGACGGAUCUUGCAACAGGACUAUAUGCUCAUGGCGCAAUUAUGGCUGGUUUGCUCCAGAGAAGUAAAACUGGGAAAGGAAUGCAUAUUGACUGCAACUUGCUUUCAUCACAGGUGGCCUGUUUGAGUCACAUAGCAGCAAAUUUCCUUAAUGGUGGAAUGGAAGCCAAGCGUUGGGGAACCGCCCAUGGAAGUAUCGUCCCUUAUCAGUCAUUUAAGUCAAAGGACGGUUACCUUGUAAUUGGGGCAGGCAACGAUCAACAGUUCUCUACUGUUUGCAAGGUCUUGGAAUUACCAGAGCUAAUUAAGGACUCAAGGUUUAAGACAAAUGAACUCAGAGUCAAGCACAGAAAAGAACUCCUGUCUAUGUUAUCCAAACGGUUCUCAGAAAAAAACACCAGUGACUGGCUGCAGCUCUUUGAAGGCAGUGGCAUCCCUUAUGGUCCGAUCAACAGUAUAAAACAAGUUUUUUCUGAGCCCCAGGUCACACACAAUGGCCUUAUUCUAGAAAUGGAUCAUCCUACAGCAGGCAAAAUAUCUGUUCCAGGUCCUGCUGUACGAUUCAGUGACUUUGAUAUGCCCAGUCCAAUUCCACCACCUCUCAUUGGACAGCACACUGUUGAAAUUUUGAAAGCACAUUUGGGAUACAAGGAUGAUUACAUUGAUGAAUUAAUCAAAGCCAAAGUAGUUGUUCAAAAUGAAAUCCAGUAGAAUUAAAGGAAACUGUGAUAAAAAAAAAAAAUGAUGUCUCUAAAUCAUUAGCUGUUGGACUGGCAUCGUGAAGCAAGCCAGCACUUAAGCAAGCUUCUGAUUACACAUUCAAAAGAAUGAAAUCUUUAAAUGUUAACUAUACUCUAAAAUAAAGUUGUCAAAAGACUACCUCUCUCAUUUUGCUAGGCCAUAACUGAAACAGAAAGUGGCAUACUAUUAAAUGAGACAUAUAUAACAAUAUGUGUUUGCUUAAUUUGAAAAAUUCCUUUUAUGAUAGUUUUAUGCACUAAACAGUGAAUUGUGUUGCGAUGAAUUAAGACUAAUAUAGUAGAAUAAAAAUAAGAAGAUUAGAAAAGAUCGAAUUCAUCUUAGUUGGAAAAACUGCUGUUCAUUUUGGCCUAAAUUGUUCAAGUGAAUUUUAAGCUUAGUAUGCAAAAGUCAGUGUUUAGUGAAUAAAUCAAGCCAGCUCAAUAUUUACAUUUACAUCAUUGACUGUUUGAAUCUAUCAAAACUAGAUA